AUGCGGGUUAACUUUGGGGUAGCAACCCUGACAACAACCCUGGCCUCAUGUUGCCUUGGCUCGGCCAUCAAAAGCGACAAACCUGAAAUUUAUUCCUUGUCACAACGUGACGGCAGCCUUCCAAUUUACAAAAAUGCCUCAUAUUGCAUCGAUGAGCGCGUCAAAGAUCUCCUAGAUCGAAUGACGCUUGAGGAGAAAGCUGGUCAGCUCUUUCAGACCAUGCUCUUCCAAGGUCCGCUUGAUGCAGUGAAGACUGGAGGUGUGGCGCAUAACAGCACAAACAACAUGAUCGGCGAAAAGCACAUGACGCACUUUAACCUCAUCGCGGACAUCACCAAUGCAACGGAGACGGCCGAAUUUAUCAAUCUUGUCCAGGAGCGAGCAUUAAACACCCGGCUUGGCAUUCCCGUCACAAUGUCAACUGACCCUCGCAAUGCCUUCACCGAGAACUUGGGUACUGGCUUCAAAGCCGAAGUCUUUUCCCAGUGGCCGGAGAGCCUUGGCCUUGCUGCGCUUCGGGACCCCUCCUUGGUGAGGAAGUUCGCUGAAGUCGCAAGAGAGGAAUAUUUGGCUGUUGGACUUCGUGCUGCGCUACACCCACAAGUCGAUCUCGCGACGGAACCGCGUUGGGCCCGCAUCGCUAAUACCUGGGGGAAAACAGGGUUUCAAGGAGACAAGCUUGGACCUCGGUCUGUCAAGACUGUCACCAAGCACUUCCCUGGAGGCGGACCCAUGGAAAAUGGCGAGGAUUCUCACUUCACAUACGGCAAAAACCAAACCUAUCCCGGAAACAACUUCGAAGAGCAUUUGAAACCAUUCAAGGCAGCUAUCGCAGCUGGUGCUACUGAAAUCAUGCCAUAUUACUCCCGACCUAUCGGCACUCGUUACAAUCCAGUUGGCUUCUCAUUCAACAAGGAAAUCGUGGCAGGUCUCCUUCGUGGUAAGCUUGGAUUCGGCGGCAUUGUCUUGACAGACUGGGGACUCGUUACAGACGUUGAUUAUGCAGGAGAGCCUAUGCCUGCCCGAGCCUGGGGCGUCGAGAACCUCACUGAGCUUGAGCGAGUAGCAAUGAUCCUCGACGCCGGAUGUGAUCAGUUUGGCGGCGAGGAGCGUCCCGAACUGAUUGUUCAACUUGUCCAAGAAAAUGUCAUAUCGGAGAGCUCUAUCCAUGAUUCAGUUGGUCGUCUUCUGAGAGAGAAGUUCAUACUCGGUCUCUUUGACAAUCCAUUUGUUGAUCCUGCUACUGCUGGCCGAAUGGUUGGAAACGAAUACUUUGUUCGUCUGGGCAGAGAGGCGCAGAGAAAAUCAUACACCCUUCUCAGCAAUCACCGAAAUACUCUUCCCCUCAAACAGCUCGACGAAACCACUAAAUUCUAUAUUGAAGGCUUCAACACUUCUUUCAUAGAAGCUCGGAACUAUACUGUUGUUGAUACCCCAGAGGAAGCCGAUUACGCCCUUCUCCGGUACAACGCGCCUUAUGAGCCUCGCCCUGGCGCCUUCGAGUCCAACUUCCACGCCGGCUCGCUCGAAUUCAAUGCCACAGAGAAGGCUCGCCAAGCUAAGAUAUACUCAACUGUACCCACAAUUGUGGAUAUCGCCAUGGACAGACCCGCUGUAAUUCCGGAAGUUAUCAAACAGGCAAAGGCCGUCUUGGCAAAUUUCGGGAGCGAUAGCGAGGCUUUUCUGGAUGUUGUAUUUGGCGUGAGUGUCCCAGAGGGCAAGCUGCCAUUUGAUUUGCCAAGGUCUAUGAAGGGUGUUGAGGCGCAAAAGGAAGAUGUGCCAUUCGACACAAAAGACCCGGUGUUUAGAUAUGGGCAUGGCUUGAGCUAUGUUGAAGACUGUGUGGACGGCGGUAAAGGCUCUUGA